CUGUCACAAGCUUUGUUGUCAGUUUCAGUGUCAGUUUCUCACGUUUCGUAUGUACAAAGUUUUGUGAAAUUAUUUUUCCAACUUUAACUUCAUAAUGGAUAAAUCCGAUGCCGGUCCAUCCUCGGGUCCAUCUAAGCGCAACAAAGUGAAAAAACGCUGCUUCUGGUCGGCCGCGCAAAUUGACCUGCUCUUUGAACUGUGGGCGGACAAGAUUGGUGCUCUUCGUGGGACGCGUAAAAACAGCCAUAUUUUCGAAGAAAUGCGGCAAAGUUUCAAUGAUCAUGGCUAUCAUGUUUCGGCAACAGACAUAAAGACAAGGAUCCAUAAUAUGACCGCACGUUAUAGGAAAGAAAAGGCUGCAGUUGGACCAUCGGGUGGAUCGCCUUCGGAGUGGUCGCUAUUCGACCGAGUGAAUGGUAUCCUCGGAAGUUUUCGGAUACAUAAUGUCAACUCUGUGGUCGUCGACAGUAUUAUUGAUGAAGGUAAAGUGAAAAUAUUGAUUGCGAACUACUGCUGA